AUGUCUCGCUGCAACACACCGGGAGAACCGGACAGGAAACUUGCGACCGAGGAAGGCCCCGCAAUCAUGGAGAUCUUCGAGAAGAUGCGACUCGCAAAGCACGGAGACUACGAGCCUCUGGUCCCACUAUCCGCCGAGGAGGAAGCGAAAAUUCCGGACCAUAUCUCCGUCAUUGCCAUCGCGGGGCCUGAGGAGACUCCCAAGCAGUUCUGGAAGUGCAAAGAGGACGAGGCCUGGGGCCCUCUGUCUGUAACCCAGAGUUGGCCAUUCAAGAAAUAUUUUGGCGCUACCUGGGCGCUGGCUGGUGCUCAGAACAUGGUCAAGGUUCCAGAGCCGAGGGCAACUUAG